AGUACGCGUAUUUAUUACAACAAUCAGCAUUUCAAAGAAGAUAUAUUUAGAAAAGUCGCAUAUUAGAAAAAAAUACAGUGGAUAUAAGAUUCGCUACAUUCAACUGUGAUGUCCACCGAUCGACUGAUACAAAGCCUAAUCCGCAGUUUGAAAGAACUGAAAAGCGUCGGCUAUAAUAGCCCGAAUGCCGCUCGCAAGGGCCACGCAACGGCAGAGAAGACGCUGUAUCUAAUAUUCGAAAUAGGAUUGCACGCAUUGCGAUUCACGUCGGAAGAUGAGAGAAUAAUCGGUGAUCUCGUAGCAGACGCUAUCGAACCUUUACAAAGGAACAUUCAAAGGGAACAGUGUCUCUAUAGGACCAGGUUGAACAGCUCUAUCCUUAAAAAGAGAUCAGCGCUACAGUUCUUGGUCGACAUAUACGGCAAUUUUCCGUCCGGUACCUCGACUCUUUCCAACGAAUUUUUCCGAGUUGACAUACGAGAAUCCAUCCACGUGCUGGACGACAUUAUUGCCAAGUGGCACGACGCGUCUGAUUCGGACGAAGGACAAUCCGAUCUGGAGAUCUAUGGAUUGCCGUCUUCGCAUAUAUGGUGGGACAGAUAAACCUACUUUGAUAUCGUCGAACGUUCAAUUUGAAAACUUUGUAUCAACGUGCGAGCGACUUCUGUGAUUACUUGUCACAUACAAGUCACAUAAAAAUAUACGUAAGAAUUGAAGAACAUUCUAAUGAAAAAUGUAUUCUCCAUUUGAUAUGAUAAACUCCAUACCAAUCGUGGGACAUGGAAAAGCUAUUUGUCAUUACAUUGAUGGCGAUUUGAGAUCAGGAAAUCAGGCGAUGUACGAAGCUACUAGAACGGGAGCAGUGAUGGCGGGUGGCGCUCUCGGAGCCGCCGGUGGCCCGGUAGGAAUGGCGGUGGGUGGCGUAGCCGGCGGUAUCGUCGUAGACGGCGUCGCCACUCUUGUAACUGGUGAACCCCAAGGAUUAAUCGCGGUUGUCAAUGAUGCUCGCGAGGAACUUGCGGAAGGCAAAAUUCCCAUUGGACCGUUGAUGCAAGGAACUCUAAUGAUAGCCGGUGAUGUCGCUGGUGGACUGGCAGGGGGGGCAGCAUCCUGCGUUAUUAAUGAAGCAAUAGGCACAGCUGUUAAGGGAACUGCAGCGAGAGAAAUAAUGAAAACAACGAUUUUCUAUGGAACCAGUACUGUGCUCACAAAUCUUUCACAGGGUACUGUCGGCAUUAAGUUACGGGAAAGACGUAAUAAUAAAUCGAAUAGUCCACACGCUGGAGGUGGACCUCCUCCUGGAGGAGACGGAAACGGUUGGAACGAUAGGAACGCACACGAAAUCGAGGAGUCUGAACCGGAACCUUUUAUGAUCAAGUUUCUCGCAAUAUUCCGCGUGAAAUCUCUAGACGACAUACGAUUUCGUGCAAAGGGUGAGGCUGAGUAUCGUUAUCCUUUCAGAGGUCUCACAAGGAAAGACAAACAAACCUUAAAGAAAUUGAUCAAGAACGUAGAUUUGGCUGGUUAUUUAAACGUAGUAAUCGAAAUUGUCGUGAUGCUACUCUCUGAUAUGGAACCGAACGACGUUACGUUUAUCAAUUUCAUUAGCGUGUCGCAGUUCGUUGCUACUUUUGUAGGUGAAAAAGUAUCUGAAAGUUUGGAUAUGGAUGAUUUCGAUUGCUAUUUCAUUCGCGAAAGUAUUACUCCUAUCUCGUGUGACAUGGAUACGUUAAAAAGAGUAUGCUCCGCUACAUGGAAAGAUUUAUUGAAAGAAAUUUCUAAUUUCACAUGCGACCCAUAUUUUAGAGACGAUUUCGCGGCUGUCUAUCACUAUUAUAAACAUAGAAUGGUUCCUGGGGUGAACAUUGAACUCUCGAUCGCGGAAUACUUUGAUCUUAUAAAUUCCGCGUUGAAGAAAUUGAAAAUUACGCAACAAUAUGCAGAAUUAGGUUCCGGAAGAAGCACGGUAAUCCAUCUAGAAUACAAUAGAAAUUACAACGGAACUGUUAGAACCAUUGUGAAAAUUCAGCAGGGUAGAAUAGUAUUAUCGUCCUGUUAUAUAAAAUAUGGUUAUUGGUUGGAAGUCACUGACGACGACAACUAGUAUGUAACGUACGUACAUCAAUGAUUGGACAUGCCAAGUGGUUGAAUGACGCAUUAUAUAUAGAUUUUCUCUUGGUCAAUAAUAUAAUAAUAUCAAUAAUAUCGAUAUAUCAAUUUUUGUCAAAAGUUUUCUUUUCU